CUUUUAAUUUUAAAAAUUUCAAGACUGAUUUAAUUUAGAACGAACGGUUCCUAAUAUAGAAAAUUAACCCUACUCUCCUUUCGUUUCCGCAAUGUCAUAAUCAUUGACUAAAAAUUAAUGAUUAAUUGUUUUUUUUAAGGGAAGACAAAAGAUGGAAGGCUGGGCGAUUACCACAAUUCAAACCCUUCUCUAUCAAUGCACGUGUCUUUAUUUAAUUUGAAAGGAAACAUUACGAGAUAGAGAGACGACUGUCAAAACGUACUACGUCAUUUCGAUGAUGGAUUGAGAGGUAAUGAGAGUGAAUGCAGGUAAAUUAUUAGAAGACAGCGCUUGAGAGACAACAGUCACUAGACAAGAAAUAGGGACCCAAUACGAUCACGAGAAAUACUACCAGGGGAGACUACUGAAGGACUAGAAACACAAACAAGAUCAAUCAACAGAUAAGAAACCGAAGAAAAAAAACCCUGUCUCCUAGUAUCUGUAGAACACAGAUAUGUCCCUAUCGUUAAUAAUAGGACUGUUGAUAUUCAUUCCAUCUUCUCAAGGACAAUGGCAACCUAACGGCGGAAAUAAUGGUAAUGCAGGGGGUACUCCGUCCGGUGCGGACAUCCUGAGUGGUCAAUCAGCGCCGGCGCAGCUACCAAGUAUCAGGGCACAACAAACACCAGCUUUCCCCCAGAACUUACAACAGAGGUUCCCCCAACCAAACAAUUUUAGAGUCCCAGCUUUAGGGGGUGGAAACCCAUUCCAAAGACAAAUGUUUCAAGCCAGGCCUUCAUUUUUACCAAUCCAACGACCAGGACAAAUGCCAUUUAUGCCACCAAGAGGCGGCCUUCCUCCAUUUUUGUCGUUAGGAGGUAGACCAGGUUUCAUGCCAUUGGGUGGACGACCUGGUUUCCCCGGGGCUCCCGGAGGUCAGGGAAAUCCAUUUUUACAGCCUCCUCGGUUUUUAGGUGGAGCCGGAGCUAUGCCAAAUCGAUCGCGACGGCCAUUGCGUCAAGGUCUCGGAGGUCAAGGUCAGAAUAGACCAGCCUUUAAUUCCUUAUCACCUUUCUCAAUGCCUCUAGGAACAGGACCACUGGGACAGACACCAGGAAAUGUUCAGCCGCAAUGGACCAUGCCCCGCAUUAAUCAAGCUCGUCAACAGUGGAAUAGACUUCCUUUACUUCGAGAUCAAAAUCAAGGUGGAGCUGCUUUUGAUUCGUUGCCUCCGUUUUCGUUUCCUAUGGGCAAUGCUGGCGGCUUACCAUUCCCAACAAACGUAGCACAAUGGAAUCAAGAACGAGUUACCCUUACAGAUGCUGUUUUACCACCACAAUUUCAACAGCGACCCGCUUUCCGAUCUAAUCGAGUACCGGGUCUACCACAAGGAAGCCUUCCACGAUGGAAUCAAGUGCCAAAUCCGUCACAAGGAAAUAUCGCAGGGAGUCCCUUCACAGAAGUUGUUCAAGGGUCAGGGGCUACAACUUCGGAAUCUCUAGGACAAACCCCAGGCACAGGACUUCCUGCAUGGCUACAAGGAAAUGGAAACAAUAACCCGUUUAUGAUUGGACAGGGAAACCCAUUAGGCGCUGGACAAGCAAACCCACUGGGCGCUGGACAAGCAAACCCAUUGGGCGCUGGACAGCCAAACCCACUUGGCGCUGGACAACCAAACCCACUGGGCACUGGACAACCAAACCCACUGGGCGCUGGACAAGGAAACCCACUGGGCACUGGACAACCAAACCCACUGGGAUUAGGAAAUAAUGGACAGGCUACCAUGUUCUCAUUACCAGGUGCAAAUCCUUUUGGAGGUGCGACCGGAACGCCAGGUGGAAAUAAUAAUCAGAUGUCAUGGUUACCCUCUACACAAGCUCAGCCGCAGAACUCGGGUGUGUCAGAACUUCUUCCAGGUCUUACGUUCCCCGAAAACGUUGGUUUGGGCACUGGUCAAGUUAAUUCGGGAAGCAAUGGAGUUCCCGAUCUGUCAGCCCUCCUAAGAGCAGGAAGCGGAUCAGGAAGACAAAAUGUCGAUUUAUCAUCAUUAUUGGGAAACAAUGGUAAUACAGGAGGUACAGCACAGACUCAAACUCCUCUUCCAAAUUUCGAAAAUUUCCUUCAGGCUCUUCAGGCCAUUGAAAGUGCUGGACCCGCCCCGGGAACUAAUCCUUUGGGUGGAAACGAAGGCAAUAGUGCUCUAACAGGCGGUAGCCAGUUAACUGGAAAUCAUGGUAAUAAUCCUUUUGGUGGUCUUCCAGGUCUGAAUCCAUCGGGCGGGGGUCAAGGUGGUAACCCAUUCGGCGGAGCUCAAUCCGGUAAUCCGUUUGGUGGAGCCCAAGGCAGGGGUCCGCUUGGUGGACCUCAAGGCAAUAAUCAAUUUGCAGGUCUUCAAGGGAACACUCCACAAGCGGGAAAUAAUGGUAACAAUCCCUUCGGUGGUCUACCUGGUGCCAAUCCAUUAGACGGAACCCAAGGCAUCAAUCCAUUUGGAAAUCUUCCAGGUAUGAAUACAUUUGGAGGACCUCAAGGAAGUAACCCAAUAGGCUUUCUUCCUGGUAAUUCAGCUGGAGGUCCAGCUAAUGCUCCAUUUGGAGGUCCUCCAGGUGUAACCUCAUCAGGUGGAGGUCAAGGAAGUAAUCCAUUUGCAGGUCUUCCAGGCAUGAACCCAUCAGGUGGAGAACAAGGAAGUAAUCCAUUUGCAGGUCUUCCAGGCAUGAACCCAUCAGGUGGAGAACAAGGAAGUAAUCCAUUUGCAGGUCUUCGAGGCAUGAACCCAUCAGGUGGAGGACAAGGAAGUAAUCCAUUUGCAGGUCUUCUAGGCAUGAACCCAUCAGGUGGAGGACAAGGAAGUAAUCCAUUGGGAGGUCUUCCUGGCAUGAACUCAUUACCUGGAGGCCAAGGCAAUAAUCCAUUUGCUGGUCUUCCUCCCAUGAACCCAUCAGGUGGAGGACAAGGAAGUAAUCCAUUUGGAGGUCUUACUUCCAUGAACCCAUCAGGUGGAGGCCAAGGCAAUAAUCCAUUUGCUGGUAUUCUUGGCAUGAACCCAUCAGGUGGAGGACAAGGAAGUAAUCCAUUUGGAGGUCUUCCUCCCAUGAACCCAUCAGGUGGAGGCCAAGGCAAUAAUCCAUUUGCUGGUAUUCCUGACAUGAACCCAUCAGGUGGAGGACAAGGAAGUAAUCCAUUGGGAGGUCUUCCUGGCAUGAACCCAUUACCUGGGGGCCAAGGCAGUAAUCCAUUUGCUGGUAUUCCUGGCAUGAAUUUAUUUGGUAAUCUUCCGGGUGGCAAUUUAACAGGACUACCCGAUCCAUUCAGCGGAACCCCAAAUUUCCCUCCUUUUAUGCCACCCGGAUUUCCAAGAUUACCCGAGAUGGGAGCUCCAAAUUCACCAAAUAACGGGGGAGGACAAGCUGGCCAGACACCCACUUUGCCAGGCACUGGAAAUAACCAGGAAACUCCAGGUGUUUUUAAUCCUCCCCCUGGUAAUUUAGACUUUUUACAAGGAUUGGGAUCCUCCAAUAAUCCUUUCCCUGACUCUUCCAGCGGAGCCAGUGGAACCGCAUCGGACUCUAGUGGUAUCUUUGGACAAACGAGUCAACCCAACGGCAUGAACCCUUUCUCCAGUUUUGGUAUACCUUCCCAAAAUCCAAGCGGUGGGGGAACGGGUAAUACCGAUCCCUUUGCUGCCUUCAGAAAUAUUGCUGAUAACAACAACCCUUCUAACACGAGGACCUCACCCUUUUCAUAGUGACCAUCAAACAUUUGAUCAAACAUUUGAUCUCAGAACUUGAUUUAAAUUACGACCAUUGUUCUUUUGAAACUAACAACUUUAUCUUUGUUUGCUCCCGUGGUUAUGGUUUGUGAAUCGAAAUAAGGACUCUACAAUAUCUUCAUGACAGAUUUUCUUAUUUGUUUUUAAAUUAUAUUUGAUGCAUGUUAUGUUACUAAUGUAUUAUUUUAAUAAACCAAAUAACUUUUC